UACUCGAAUCUUCUAGAUUUGUCCGCCGUAUCACUGUAUCUAUUUAGUGUAUAGUAUAUAGUAUAUAGUAUAUACUGUAUCACGAGUGUUCACUGAUUGUUUUCCGACUUGCCGUGUGCUAUACACAUAUAGUAUUUUAUUUGCAGCUGGUCCGACGGUCGCGUCGGAUGCGUUUUCUUCUAGCGGUCAUCGUUAUUUAUUAUUAUUUUUAUCAUUAACAUUAUAGUAGACUCACCCCCAGACCUUUCGACGUUGUCGUUUUUAUUACCGUACCUAUAGGUUUUCUGUUUUUCGACACUUUCCGGCGUUCGUUAGCACGGAUUUUCCGUACGCCGCCGUUUCAAUCGACUAGUCGCGGACGUCCAUUGAUAUUCUCUCGUAAAUUGCACCAGGGACGAUCGAUGCCGUGUCUAGAGUAAUAUGCCUUUUGCUGAUCGUCGGGAUCGUAAUAAGUCAAAGUUGAGCGAUCGUAUUCGCGGCAAAUCUACGGACGAAAUUUUGGAAGAAAUCAACAGAGAGUUUGGCAACACAGGCGGGAAUAGCAUGUUUUUCGACAAAUCUGACUCCAGGACUUCUCCUCCAAGGGAAGAAUUUCCGUUUGAUGAUGACAUGCUAAGAGGUCAUUUGAGUGUCCGCUCACAUUUAGAAGAUUUAGCCAAAAGACACCCAGAUCUCGCCGGUCAUUUGCGUUGUCCACCUUGGGGAGGUGAACCUAGUUCGAAGAGUUGGAGUCGUAAACGUACAGUGUCUGGAGAAGAUAACGUGCCUGAGGGACCAUCAGAUCUUAACCAUAAUUACAACGAUCGAACUGAUUCUAGUCCCGAUAAAAAACGAUUUGAAGAAAACAUGGAUAAGCAAAACCAGCAUCCGUUUGAAAAUAAUUCAAGAUCUCAGGAAAAUGAUGAUAAACCUCAAAGAUUUGUAUCUAAACUAGAAUUUACACCAGUAAAUCCUAUUAAUAAUCAAUCUGAAAAUAUUCAGCCACAUACACAAACACAACCUCAAACUGAUGCUUCUACAACAUCACACGGAAAUCAAAAACAACCUAAUGUGCGACACAUUCCGAUUUAUGUGGAAGGCCGUUCUGAACCUGUAUAUCCAAAGAAUGUUGAUCAACGAUUUAAUGAAAAUAAUAGCUCAACUUUGCCAAAACGAUCUGCUGGUAAACAAACUCCAUUUGCACAACAUCAUUCCUUCCAUGAUCAAAAUACCGCACAACGCCGUCAAACACCUCCAUCCCAAAAUCGUCAGCAAACUCCUCCAAAUGAAACCAGAUCUACUCCUCCGCCUACUCAGCGCCAACAAGUAAAACCAGUAGAUGCUUUGGAAAAAGUGCAAAUUGUUCAAGCCGAUGUAGAAGAAUUGGCGGUAGCUGUUAAUCAAUUUUCAGGUUCCUUACGUAGUGAUAAACAAUAUAUUUAUUUGGAUGAGAUGCUUACAAGAAAUUUGAUCAAGCUAGAUACCAUUGAAACUGAAGGAAGAGAUGAUGUUCGCGCAGCUAGAAAAAAAGCAAUCAAAACUAUCCAGGAUACAAUUUCUAUUUUAGAAAUCAAAGCUCCUCAACCCCAAGAAGAAUCGGCAGGUGAAGAAUUAUCCUCAAAUUCAACUGAAACUGUCCCAGCUGAAAAUGAGACUUUAGAAACUGAAAAAGUAGAAAGCAAUAAUUAAAAUGUAAAAACCAUACCAGUUCAGUUCUAUACAAAAUAUGUUUUAUUUUUUCUGUUUAACAAAAUAUUCUAUAACUAUUGUUCCAAUAUUUCAUUUACAUAUAAGUUUGUUUCUUGCCUGUCAUAUUUUUUUUUCAACUUUCGUAGUUUUUAUUAAUUUAAACAUUUUAUUGUAAUAAUAAUUCUGUGUGAAGACUGGAUACACUGAAAAUGAAUGUGCUUAAAUAUUCAAAUUGUCUUUAAGAUUAUAUUUAGUAGAAGAAAUCAUAUUUUUAAA